AAACUCCCCGGUGUUUAUAUAAAAUGCAUGUCCUGGACCAGAGAAAUAAUUCGAAUAUAUUACUAUCUUGAGCAAAAGUGUUUAACGGUGUUCUCGGUCAAGCGGCUCACCAUGGCCCCGUUAGCCGACAUCGCAAGCUACUUGGGCGGUCUGGAUGCUGGACACAUCGCGGCUCCGUUCUUCCUGCCCGCGGCGGCGGACUCGCCAGUUCUCCUGAGCGAUCACCUCGCCCAGACCGAAAGCAGGUUAUCGCGAAGCACCACCACCGACUUGGUGCACUUGCAGGGGAUACUGCGAAGGAGACAGCUGUACUGUAGGACUGGCUUUCAUUUGGAAAUCCUUCCAGGUGGAACAGUGCAGGGGACCAGGCGGGACCACAGUCCUUUCGGGAUCCUGGAAUUUAUCAGCAUAGCUGUGGGAUUGGUCAGCAUUAGGGGAGUGGAUAGUGGCCUCUACCUGGGAAUGAACGAUAAAGGAGAACUGUACGGCUCAGAGAAACUGACAGCAGAAUGCAUCUUCAGAGAGCAAUUUGAAGAGAAUUGGUACAAUACUUAUUCCUCAAAUCUGUACAAACACAAUGACACUGGAAGACGAUAUUUCAUUGCACUCAAUAAAGAUGGAUCUCCAAGAGAUGGAAGCAGAUCCAAAAGGCAUCAGAAGUUUACACAUUUCUUGCCAAGACCUGUGGAUCCUGAGAAAGUACCUGAAUUGUAUCGAGAUUUAUUAGGAUAUAGUUGAAGCUGUUCAGCACCUGAUGAAGAAGAAUUAUUUAAUCUUUCUUCACAGAAACAAGGAUGUAGAACAACAGCUUCUUACAGCUGUAAGUAAUUUGGAGAGAGGAUGCCCUCUCUGAGAUGUGGCCUUAGUUUCUUCAAGUACGAAGCACUAAAAG